CUGCACGGCUAAGUGGUUGAUUUCCCACAGAGCUCUGUUUUGUCUAACUUUUGCUUGUUCUAAUCAAUAUCAGUUGCUUAUUCUUCUCGAAUGUACAUGAAAAUUGUAUCUCUGUCGAGUUCUUCAAAAGUGUUCUUUCAACCUUUCUGUUCACCUGGUAAUUUCUUUGUACACCUCGAGCUCUCUCGGCACUUCAUAAGUCACAUGUAUUAUUUUUCAUUAUUAUUAGUCUCAGGAUUCUGUAACUGGUACUCUCUUGACGAUACAUAUAAUGAUGACUUGUAGUUAUUUCUUGUUCAAAAGCAGUGCUCUUCAUGGGAAAAGAGAGUGAUACAAUACGUAAAGAAAAUGAAGACUGUUUGAUUAUCAUUUGUUGAUAUCUGUGUUCCGCAGGAGAAAAUAGACGAUCCCUAUCAUUGCCAAUCUUUCAUUGACAUGUUUAUUUUUCCACCAGGAUAUUACUUCUCUCAAAAGUUCAGAACAACAAUGUAUAUCUUCAUAUUUCUACUAACUGUUUAUGGAAGGGGCUGUAAUUCACAAUGUCAGGAUCCAUGUCACUGUGAGCAGCAGGGUGGGAAUUUUAGAAUGACAUGUACAGAUCGUUUUCUAGAAGAUGUUCCAAAGGAUCUCCCGUGUUAUGUUGGUGUACUUAACUUGCGCAGGAACCUCAUCACCGCGCUAUACAGAGAAUCAUUCCCAUGCCAAUACAGGUUGAGGGAAUUUCUUCUGUCCUAUAACCAUCUACACUACAUCGAGAAGCAAGUCUUUGAUGAUGCAGGGGAACUUAUGCUCAUAGAACUUCACUCUAACUUCCUUCAGAGCAUUCCAUACCUUGGUUCAUUACCCGUCAUUCUACAAAUAUCUGUCAUGCGGAACUCAUUGGCAGAGUGGAAUCAUCAAACACUUCAGAAUACAUCACACCUUACAGAAGUUGAACUGGCAUACAAUAAACUCACAAAUCUACCAAAAAUUCCGUUCAAAUUAUCCAUUUUGAAUUUGAAGGGAAAUGCUAUCAAUGACCUUCACACAACGAUGUUUGCAUAUCCUAAUGCCAUAUCACAUCUGAACAUUAACAACAACAAUAUUGAAUACGUUGAUAGAUUACAAACGAUGAAAAGCCUGAAGAUACUUAUGCUUGAAUACAACUAUAUAAGACGCAUCCGUGACAAUGUGUUUUUUAGUGUCCCUUUCCUAGAAAUAAUUAAACUCCGCCACAAUAAUAUUGUAGAUGUCUCUUCCUUCUGUAAUAUGAUGUACAUCAGGCAUAUAUUUUUGGAAGAAAACAAUAUAAGAGUUGUGAAAAGACCUGCCUUUACUAACAUUCCGAACAUAGAUACAAUCGAUUUAAAGGGCAAUGAGAUUAUUCAAUUAUCAUACUCUUUCUUCAGUACACCACGAAGUCUUAUUGUUCCGAAAAACAGCCUGUCAAGAUUUGAAUUAUUUGAAGGAGGGAAUUAUACAAAGUUAGAAAUUCUUAAUGUUGAUAUGAAUGACCUGCAAGAUAUUUACAUCUCAUCAUUUCCUAACCUGGAAUUUCUGUAUGCUGCUUUCAAUAAAAUAAAGGAUGUUGACUUUGGCACUGAUGGUCAUCAUCAUUAACAAUACAUUAAUUUGGUUUCUAAUCGAAUUCAGAACAUUAAAAAGUUUGUAAAUUUGCCAAACCUAGAAUGGCUAAAACUGUCUUCAAACUCUAUCACAUGUUUGGAUGACAAAACCUUGAUUCGCCUUCCUCAACUUCUUGGGCUCAUUCUCGAUAACAACAGAAUAUCAAUAUUAUCGAACUUAACAGCUUUUCCUGAACUUAUAUAUCUCCAAUUAUCAGAAAACAUAAUUCACACAAUAGAAAACUCAACAUUUGACUCUUCAUCAAGACUAGUCAAAUUAGACCUGGCCAAAAAUGAAAUCUCAGAUCUUAGAUUCCUUCGUUCCAUUUAUUCACUUAAUGAGCUGAAUAUAAGCCAUAACAGACUCAGAGCCAUCAACUCCCAGGACUUCUUGACUCUAACCCAUCUCAGAUCCUUGGACUUGUCAUUUAAUUUAUUCAUGGAGAUUAAUACACCCAACUUGCACUCCCUCCGAAGCAUUGAUAUUAGUCACAACCUUUUAUCUCAUUUAAACUUGAAUCACAUCUUUGGUGACAGUACACUCAUUUAUGUCAAUGCAGAGGGCAACAGAAUCACUGAUAUUAUUUCUACUUCAGCCCUUCAUAUAAACGUCAACAAUAAUGCCUUUGGAGCUUCAAAUUCAAGUGAGCUAUCAGGAACCAAUAUAUUUGCAUGCAACAACGACUUAACUGAUUUCAAACACAUUAACAUUUCUCCCAAUUUGGUGGGACUUUACCUGAAUAAGAAUCGUAUCGUCUCAAUACCCAAUUUCACUUUCACAUCAGCAUCCUCACUAAUUUUUCUAGAUUUGAAUGAUAAUGACAUAGCUGAUAUAUAUCCUACAGCAUUUUUUGGUUUAAGAAAAAUUAUGUCAAUGAAGCUGGAAAGGAAUCGCAUAACGCACCUUCGUUCUGGUCUUUUCUCAAACAUUCUGGAAUUAAAAUUUAUAUAUUUAGGUGAAAAUCCUGUAACACGCAUUUCGAAUCACCUGUUUCCAGCAAAUCAGGAUAUUGAGGGCAUAUCUUUUCCUGCUAUACCAUUUUCAAACACAUCCUUCAGCAUCUUCCAAGAUAUUAAAAAUUUACGCUACUUGGAACUUAAUGAAAAUUUGGCUUUUCGUGCGCACUUUGUGAGAAACACAAGUAUACAAAUCAUUUUGCAAUUCUCAGAUCUAUGGUUUUUAAAUCUCUCUUCUAUUAACCUUGGGGACAGCUGCCAAAUUGUGUUAAUAAACAAUGUGAACAUUCUUGAUUUGUCCAACAAUGCCAUGACUACCAUCCCAAAAUAUUGUCUGCCAAGAAGCAUCAAGGCAUACAGUCUCUAUCUGUCUCAAAAUAAAGUAAAAAAGAUCUUAAAUGAUUCAUUUGACAAGCAUCAUCAAUUCUGGUUUCUAGAUUUAAGUUACAACCAUAUUCUGUUCUUCGAAUUUGGCUCAUUACGGCAUCAGACAUACUUGACUGAUCUUCGCCUCCAAGGCAACCAACUUACACAGAUUGAUUUCGGCUUACUGACCUUCCCUUUGAAAAGCAUCCAAAUUGAAUUAGAAAAUAAUCCUUGGUCAUGUGAUUGUGACCUCAUCAAAUCUAUUUUGGCUCUGAAACACACACACACACCCAUAAAAUGUGACAAACCUCUAGCUUAUGCCAACUAUUCAGUGGUCGACCUUGCUGCCAAGAACAACCUCACCUGCAGACCACCCCUGUGCUCUCGGCCCUACCAAACUCUUCUUUCAUUUGUUGGUGACAAAAUGGUUGAGUUACCUUGCCCAAUAAUAACAUCAAAUGACAUUUACUGGUCAGUCACAUUUCAAGGGGAACAACUAAACACUGUAAGAGACACCUUACCAGAAGCAUUUUCUAUACUUUCACAUAAUGCACUUCUUAUCAGUGAUGUUACUAAGGAUAUGAUUGGUCUUUACACCUGUUGGAGUUGGAAUAAAGGUGGGCAUACAAAAUUUACUAUAGAUCUACUUGUAGAGAAAAUGGAAGAGAAGACUGUCGACGAUAGUUCUAAUACGAGUACUACAAUAUUAGCCAAAGAAUGGAUAGACACACUUCAAUGUGGUACUACUAAUACUUCAUCUUCAAGAGCAUGUAAUGUUAGCAGUAAGUCAAAUUAUGUAUUGUUUAUAUCGAUGUUGGCAUUCAUUCACUGUAUUUUACACACAUAUGAGUGAAAUAUGAAAUUUGUAUUGAGUAUCCCUUUGACUACUGCAAAUUGUGUUAUACCACAGGCAUUGUACUUGGAUAACUGGGUUCAAGGAGUCAACAAACACAGAAUAAAAUAGUUUGUUUAUUAUUACAUAUGCAAUGUGAUCUGUACAUACUGCUUUCUCUUUCUUUAUCACUGAUGUUAAUAAAAAUAUUGUGAGUGGUCUUUAUACACAUGAGAAUGAAGCUGGGAAAAAUGAUUAUUAUAAACCUACAUGUACCAGGCGUGAAAUAAUUAUUUUUUUCUCGGGGGCUACUUUGUGCAGCCUUCUGACAAAUUCUGCAACAUUGAAAAAGUUUCAACAUAGAAGUGAAUCUUGAUUUUUUUUCUGGGGCUCUCUGUUCUGUUUCAUCAAAACGGGAUGGGCAGGAAAUAAAAUUCUGAACUGGUAAUCAUCUACAUGUGCGAUGUGAGGAGGUAUUUAUUACAAAAUAUGAGCAUAUCAUCUUAAUAUGCAGUUUGUUAAUACAUACAUGUACUGUACAUGUAUGUACAAUGAUAUGACAAAAGGCAAAUAAAAUGUCCAACUUGUUUUAUUAGUUCUAUGAUAUUUCAUAAAAUAGUCCUGCUUGUAAGAUCAUUCACUCAAAAAAUGUCACUCAUGAAUAUUCAAAAUAUGAUGCAUAUGUAAUCAUUUCUAAUGUAUAUUAAUCAGACAAAUAACAAGCCAAUUUAAUGGUCA